AUGCCAGGCGUGGAAGUGAUGGGGUCAUCGGAGGAUUCGCAGGCAUUCGAACGCCCACACCUAAGGUCUCACAAGACGCUCCCUCGGCGGGGUGUAAUCGUUCCUAGCAUCGAAGUCAUCCAACCGGUCUCCCCGGAUCACAAUGGGAAACAUAUUGCGACGCCGGCGCUUCCCUUGACACCGCCGGGUGCAGGCCACGAAGAACUCGUGGCUGACGAACGAACACCCCAGAAAAUGAAUUCUUCUCUGCCAAACAUACCAACAUCUGGGGUAUUGACCCCUCGCCGUCCCUCUAAGCCUCCGACCCCGGACGUGACGCCUCCUCAAACGAACUCGAGCAAGCGUCCUACCUUGAACCAGUUUAGUUAUUUUUCCUCGUCUUCCCGAGCCGAUUCAUUUCAAACAGCUUUGGAGAAUAUUUCAUCGGAAGAGGAUAUGGACACCCCGGUCCGCAUGUCUCAGACCGCGACCCAGACUGUAAAACAGAGGAGGCAACCAUCAAAGCCACCCGCCUCAAAUGGAUAUCCUUCACGGUUUCCAAAUCUAAAAGUAUCUCCGUUAGCUGCUUCUCAACAACACAACGAAACCGAAUGCGAUACCGGAUUCGAGUCUUUUGAUGGGCAUUGGGCCGCCAGCCUGAUCGAUGGGUCGCCAACACCAUUAGCCGGCAAGCGAAAGUCAGCACAUAAUCACACUCAAUCGGUCUAUAAAUCAACUCCUGGGAGAGAUGUGCUGGAUAUAAAGCACCUGGAUGCCUCUUUGAUGAAGGAAAAAAGUCUGCGAGACCGUAUCAAUGGUGCGCAUGAAGCCAAAGCAAGUACCUCAAUGGAGCAGUCACCUGAGCAUAUUGGGUCGUCAUCACCAGAGGGUCUAGCAAGAGGCAAUGGACCAGACGUCCGUCCUUUAUCGGUCAUCUCCUCGACAUCCACCGUCGAGGCUAUGAUAAUCGACUCUCCCAAACGAGCCCAGCAGGUGCUCCGGCAUACCGAAAAGAGAAGCUCUCUGCGGUCUGCCAGCUCUCCCAUCACAAGAUCUGAGCGUACAUCUUAUGGCUCCAUCCCUGAAUCCCAUCACCGCCUGAUUCACAAGGCCGCUCGCAUUUCUGAUCAGGAUGUUCGAAGCGGAAUAUCGGAGUUGCCGUUCUCGGCCAAGACUACCAACAGUGCAAUACAGCCCAAUAUCGAAACUAUCAACGUGGUGGUCAUACCGGAGAGAAGUUCAUCUCUCAGGUCUCGUCCUAACAGUCAUGUUUCUUCCAAGCUGGGCUCUCAGCGAUCAAGCCGUCGUCCUCCGACGUCAACGGGCCGCACAGAUAUCCCAGGGCAGAAGAGACGCAUCGUGUCUGAUCCAGUGUCGACUCGAUCUCACGAGACCAAUUCCAGGGGUUAUCCCAUUGGCCGACCUGUCAUUCCACCCCGAGCCUCAUCACUGUCUGCGCCGACAAGUCAGAACAAUUCUCGCGCGACUUCUCUGUCCUCCAACAGCCUGCGAAGUCGUCCCACGGAGCGUCCCACCAUACCACCCCGAAGCUCGUCGCUUUCUGCACCAACAAGCCGAAAUAACUCUCGUGCAACUUCCCUUACUUCAGACAGUCUACGGAGCCAUGACUUGGCCAUGGACCUCGAGAAGCAAAAGCGUUGUGACCAUCAACCGGUGUCCCCGCCUCGUCACAACGUUUUAGCUUCACCUGAGCGCCAUGGGCUACUCGCGGCUCCCAAUAUGCACGCCCUCUUUGCUAAUUCCGAUGAUAUGACAACCUUGCGUCCGCCCUCUUUGCCUUUUACCCAAGGCUCGGUUCCAUCGUCUUCUCCGGGACCUAUCGAAAUCCAAGAAGCUACAGCCGUCAGUUUGUUCGCACACAACAAUCGAUCGCUGCUGCUUGUUGACCCUCGGGUACAAGCCUCCUCGACGCGCCCUUACCAAGCGCUUGGUAUUUCUUAUGAUCUUCCUCAACCCCCUCGCACACCCAACAAUCCACCACAGACAGAAACUUCCAAUGUCAACUCGCCUUUAACGAACCCUCGUCCUCCACCAAAGCCCCCCACUAAACCUCCUCCUUCGCUUCCAUUGCAUGACACCCAAGAUGAAAGCAAAGGCCUUGGUCGGCGAUGGAGUUCUGUCCGUCGUACCUGGAGUGCACGCCCUCGGUCGGAUUCCUUCAACAAUAUAGCGCGGUCAUUCUCCAUGAAAUCAGCCAAGAACCGAACCGCAGGAAUGGAAAUGGACAGUCGUCAAUAUCCGUUUUGGCGCCCCCGCGGAUUCUGGGAAGACGUACCCAGUUCCCCAGAGAAAGAACCCUCACCGACACGGCAAGCUUUGCCGCCCCCCGAUGAGUCCGUGAUUGUAAACAACUCUCUAGGCCUGCCCCAGCGGCGCGUCAUCUUUGACGGCCCGCCUUCCCUGGCGCGCCGCAGCCCAGAAAUGAAACGCUUGUUCAAUGGAAUGGCUAGCAAUGGUAGCUUGGUUGAUCAAGGCAUGUUCCGAACAGGAUCCCCAUUGAACCCAACCCGUUUCCAUGCUCUCUCUCGCUGGGGACUGCGACUCCGGUCAAUGUCGUGGCGUAAUGUGCGGAAUCGACUGCGGCGUGUACGCCAGCGACGAUACGAGAGAAAGCGGGCUGCUCGGAGGGAAGCCCUCAAGCAGAGUAUUGGUGGCCCUGUCUACGUGGCAUCCAGUACUUCAGCUGAUGUGGAUAUGAGAUGA